UUACGUGUUCGCUAAGCGAAGAGAAACCCAAGUGAGUCCCACUUUCCCUUCUCUGCGGCUGUUUCCUCACUUCUCGAAUUCACAAAAUUUACUUCGAAAACCCUUUGGCGAAGAACUACACACAGAAAGGGGAUUUCAUUAUUUCAUAAUUUCAUAGGUUGGAUUUCUUGUAGAGGUGCGCCCUUGAAGUCGAACGAGGUGUAAGGAAUUUUCGCUUGCAGAUUGCAGAGAUGAGGUAGGAGUUGUUGCUGCUGAUACUGGAAGUGGUGGAUGGGAGUUUUUUAGUGUGGAAAUUAAGUCAAAAUGCGGAAAUCUUUCAAGGAUUCCCUUAAGGCACUCGAGGCUGAUAUUCAGUUCGCUAAUACCUUGGCUUCUGAUUAUCCCAAGGAAUACGGUGGAGCAUGCCUACAAAUGAGAUUAUCCUAUAGCCCGGCUGCACAGUUCUUUCUCUUCUUCGUGCAAUGGACUGAUUGUCAUUUUGCUGGUGCAUUGGGUCUGCUCAGAAUUCUGAUAUAUAAGGCAUAUGAAGACGGGAAGACUACCAUGUCUAUUCAAGAAAGAAAGGCUAGUCUCAAAGAGUUCUAUGGGGUGAUAUUUCCUUCUCUAGUGCAACUUCAAAGAGGAAUUACCGACAUUGAAGAGAGAAAACAGAGAGAAGUAUAUGCUGCCAAAUUCAAAAGGAAAGAUCGGUUGGACAAAGGAAAGAUCUCUGAAAUCGACUUGGAAAGAGAGGAAGAAUGUGGUAUUUGCAUGGAGCUAAACAGCAAGGUUGUGUUGCCUAGUUGCAAUCAUUCAAUGUGCAUGAAGUGCUACAGAAGUUGGCGCGCUCGAUCUCAAUCAUGCCCCUUCUGCCGUGACAGUCUGAAAAGAGUGAAUUCUGGAGAUCUUUGGAUAUGUACCAGUAGUAGUGAAAUCGUCGACUUGUCCUUCAUCUCUAGGGAAAAUUUGAAGAGGCUUUUCAUGUUCAUUGAUAAGUUGCCUCUCAUUGUUCCAGAUCCAAAACUCAUCUCUUAUUAUCUGAAUCACUAUUGAACAUUCCAGGCUUGGUCCGGAAGUAAUUUGUAUAUAAAGACAUCAUUACCCUUGUUAUUGUGCAUAAUUCUUAUCAGUAUAACAUGCACAUUUAGGAUUUGCAAAUGCUAAUUUGUUAUCGACUUACAUUACCCCUGUUUAAUUUGCUUUCAAUUAGCCAAGACUCUGCCAAUAUUUGCAAAAGCUGAAGCCUGCUCCAAGUCACCUUCGAUCAUUACUGUCUAGGCUGUCUUAUCUCAACUGGCUUUUGUUAACCUGAAAACAGAUAUUGGGUUGUAGGGAGUGUACGGAUUGAUGCUGUGGAAGUCGCAUUUGACAAUAAGAUGAUGAUGAAGGCAUGCGGUACUCAGUCACCAGGUUCAUCUUCUAGACAUGGAGUAUGUGGAGCAACCACGUGUAGGAGCAGCAAUGACAAAUGGCCUUACAAGAUUUGUACCUGAUGCUUUUCUUAUAAAAGAUGAAGUCAAGUGAGUCGCGAGUAUUGGUAUUCAUCGAAGCCAGUUACUUGGAGUAAAAUAGGGCUUGUUUUGAAUUGGAUUCCAUUCAGUUUGUUCAAAACUGACUUAAACUACAAUGAUUGAGAAUUUGGAGUUGGAUUUUC